CCACUGUGAGGAGAAGGGGAGUGAGCGCUAUAGGAAGGUUAAGCCUGAUAGUUAGACAAUGGGAUGGGCUCUUCAGCGUUAUAUAUCGAUUAGCACUCAGAUGUACAGCGUUUUCUACUCUUUAGGUGCAGUUGGUACGUGGAGGUGAGAUCAGAAGUGACAGUCAUGGAUUCUCCACGUGAAACAGUGCUUAUUACUGGAGGAGGUGGCUACUUUGGACACAGGCUAGGGUGCACCCUGUAUCAAAAGGGGUUCAAUGUCAUUCUCUUUGAUGUGCAGAAACCAGUUCAGGAAGUGCCAGAAGGAAUUCGCUUUAUUCAAGGGGAUGUUCGCAAUCUCUCUGAACAAGAGGACAUGUUUACAGAUGUAAGCUGUGUGUUCCAUACUGCUUCUUAUGGAAUGUCUGGCAGAGAGCAGUUACAGAGAAAAAUGAUUGACGAUAUCAACGUGAAAGGCACUGAAAAUGUAAUCCAAGUCUGCAUAAAUAUGGGUGUUCCACGAUUUGUUUACACAAGUACCUUCAAUGUUGUUUUUGGUGGUCAGGUUAUUGAAAAUGGUGAUGAAUCCCUUCCGUACUUCCCUUUAAACCUUCAUCCAGACCACUACUCCCGCACAAAGGCAAUCGCUGAGAUGAUCGUUCUGAAGGCAAAUAACAGUAAACUGAAAAGUAACAAUGGCCUUUUAAGAACAUGUGCCCUUAGACCAGCUGGCAUUUAUGGUCCUGGGGAGCAAAGACAUUUACCCAGGGUGGUUAGUUGUCUUGAACAAGGGCUUUUCAAGUUUCAGUAUGGGGAUCCUAAGAACCUUGUGCAAUAUGUACAUAUAGAUAAUCUUGUCUCUGCUCACAUAUUAGCUGCUGAAGCGCUGAAAUCUGAAAAAAAACAUGUUGCUGCUGGUCAACCAUACUUCAUUUCAGAUGCUGAGCCAAUCAACAGCUUUGAAUUUUUCAGGCCUCUUGUGGAAGGUCUGGGUUACAAGUUCCCUACAGUUCGCCUGCCUCUUAUACUUAUAUAUUUCUUUGCAUAUAUAACAGAGUGGGUACACUUUGUCAUUAACCCUAUAUAUAACUUUCAGCCUUUUCUGACACGAGCUGAAGUCUACAAGACAGGUGUCACACAUUACUUUAGUUUGGAGAAGGCAAAAAGGGAACUGGGCUAUGAACCUCAAGAUUUUACAUUAAAUGAGGUUGUGGAAUGGUUUAAAUCUCACGGACGUGUCAAAAGGGUUAAAAAGGAUAACUUCUUAUGGGACAUUAUAUUUAUUUUCAUGCUAAUCGUGGUGCUACUUUCAUGGCUUCCAACAGUAGUUGGAAGAAUACUAGAAUCCCAAGGGAUGUUUGUUAAAGGGACAGUAAACUCCCUGUAAUUACAAGAUAUUUCUCUUGUGUUGCUAUUGAAUAACUUAUCAGCCAAGCCUUAAAGGGACAGUCUACUCCAGAAUUUUUAUUGUUCGAUAUUCCCUUUAUUACCCAUUCCCAAAUUUUGCAUAACCAACACAGUUCUAUUAAUACACUUUUUACCUCUGUGAUUAACUUGUAUCUAAGCCUGUGCAGACUGCCCCCUUAUUUCAGUUCUUUUGACACACUUUCAUUUUAGCCAAUCAAAUACAAUCAGAUAAGAGGUGGCCUUCAAAGGCUUAGCAAUUAUCAUAUGUGCUUACCUAGAUUUAGCGCCUAACUAAGAAUACCAAAGGAACAAAGCAAAUUUGAUAAUAAAAGUACAUUGGAAAGUUGCUUAAAAUUACAUGCCCUAUCUGAAUCAUAAAAGUUUAAUUUUGACUAGGCCAUCCCUUUUUUUAAAACAUUAACAUAAUUUUUACUGCAAUUGUUUUUUCAACAGCCUAACUCUACCCACCAUUUGCCUUCUUUUGAGAAGCCAAUCUGGGCUUUAGUCCACAGACAACAAGGCUAGCCACUAUCAUAAUGUUUGUGUAAAGUACAUUGUUUUGCUGUUGCUAUCAGCUAAUUCCAAUUAGGGAGAAUACGUAGAGAAUGUGCCUUAGGAAGUCAGCAGGCUGCAUUUCAAGUUCUGGGUAUUAGAAAUUGUUAAAUUUUUACAACUAAAAUACAUGAAUGGAGAAAAAAAAAUAUGAAAAUGUAUUGUAAAGUUGUUUCAAUAUGCAGAACUAAACAUUGUAUAUAACAAUCUCAAGGUGUUUACUGUCCCUUUUUAAAAAAAUGUUUUUUUUAUCUCUGUGUAUUUUUUUGUUUGUUGUUGCUUUAAAGCCUGUUACAAAAGGUGUUUGUUAAAUAUUUAACUUUUUUUUCCUGAGAACAUACAUUAUCUCUUAUAAAGUAAAAUCUAACACCACCUUUUGAUGACACAGUGCAAUACACAGACUAUUAAAUGUACCUGUUUUAAAUGGUUCUAAAAGGCAAUAUUGCAAUUUUUAAAAUGCAAAAAGUGCCCCCUUUUACACAGAAUGCUGCAAUUUUAGUCACUUGCAGAUGCCAAUUUUAGAGCCUAUUAAACUGAAGUUUGCUGCAUACCAUUGUGCAUGACUUUACUAACUGGAUAGCAAGUGCACAAUAUGUAAGCAUACCUUUUCUAUGCUCCAAGAACGACUUCGAUGUCCGUCUUAUAAAAGGUUAAAAGUGAUAUAUAUAAUUAUUCUUGGUCUACACAGCAUACUAAUAUUGACUGAUGCCCCUUUUUAAAUGCUUCUGUACAUAAAAUUCCUCCCAGAGAUGUAGAUAGGCUCCUGCUAUCUAACAAAGAUAACAUGUUCUAUUUAGAUGUACAAAGUUUACAAGGUUAAAAGUAAAGCAAAAUUGUGACCUGCUUUUAUCGUUGUGAAAUAGCUUAUGAGCUGAUUCCCCCCCCCCCCUUAUUUCAUGUCCACAUUAAAAAGAAAAAGGACUAGUGCUUGUUUAGAAAGCUACUGCUCCCAGGCCUCCUGUAGACUCAAAUUAGAACCGGAAGGGGCAAAAGAACUACAAUUCCCACAAUGCAAUGGGAAGCAAGCUAUGGUGGUUUAACUAUCUGCCAGUCAAAGCAAGCCUAAAGUAAUUGCCACACUCUGGGCUAGAUUUAUCAAGCAGCGGUCACCAGACUGCUGCUUCCCUAACAUCUUCGCCACCUCUAUUGUGGCGAAAUUAAAUCUCCUCGGUCGAGUCCGACCGAGGAGAUUGCACGCUCGUGUGCAAUGUUAAUUACCUGCAGGUAAUUUCGCCCCGACACAUGCGAGCUGAGGCGUACAGGGGCGCGUAUACGCGCCCCUGUACGCCUCAGCGUUGAUAAAUCUAGCCCUCUAUGAUUAAAGGGACUGUCUACACCAGAAUUUUUAUUGUUUUAAAAGAUAGAUAAUCCCUUUAUUACCCAUUCCCCAGUUUUGCAUAACCAACACAGUUAUAAUAAUAUACUUUUAACCUCUGUGAUUAUCUUGUAUCUAAGCCUCUGCAAACUGCCCCUUUAUUUCAGUUCUUUUGACAAACUUGCAGUUUAGCCAAUCACUGCCUGCUCCCAGAUAACUUCACAUGCACAAGCACAGUGUUAUCUAUAUGAAAUACGUGAACUAACACCCUCUAGUGGUGAAAAACUGUUCAAAUGCAUUCUGAAAAGAGGUGGCCUUCAAGGUCUAAGAAAUUAGCAUAUGAAAUUCCUAGAUUAAGCUUUCAACUAAGAAUACCAAGAGAACAAAGCAAAAUUGGUGAUAAAAGUAAAUUGGAAAAUUGUUUAAAAUUACAUGCUCUAUCUGACUCAUGAAAGUUUAUUUUGGCCUAGACUGUCCCUUUAAGAACCUAUAAUUGGCACAAAACCACUAUUUCUUUUAAGCUUUUCGUGUUUCAUAAAUACUCUGGAGUUUGUACAUGUUUGCCAUUAUCCUCUCAAGUCUUUGAGCUAGUAAACACCAACUUUUUUCAUGAAUGCACAACUUAAUAUUGUAAUGUACCUUAAUUUAAAAUGUGUUAAAUAUAAAACAAAAAUAAGGCUUGUACACGUCAGUUAAUUUUCCAGCACUUUUUUGUGUUGCUCUCUUUUAAUAUUAGCCUGUGCUAUCCUUUCAAAGUAUACAGGGUACAGUUUUUUUGUUUUUUUUUUGGUUUAUUUUUAACUAUUCACUUGCAAUACCAUUUGUGCUCUGAUGUAGGAGAAUUAAAGGGCCACUAAACCCAAAAUCUUUCUUUCAUGAUUCAGAUAGAGAAUAGAAAUUUAAACAUUACAAUUUACUUCUAUUAUUUAUUUUGCUUCAUUUUUUAGAUAUCCUUAGUUGAAGAAAAAGCAAUGGACAUGCUGAGCCAAUCACACAAGGCUUCUAUGUGCAGCAACCAAUCAGCAGCUACUGAGCAUAUCUAGAUAUGCUUUUCAACAAAGAAUAUCAAGAGAAUAAAACAAAUUAGAUAAUAUAAGUAAAUUAGAAAGAUGUUUAAAAUUGCAUUCUCUUUCUAAAUCAUGAAAGAAAAAAUGUGGGUGUCAUGUCCCUUUAAUGUAAAUAAUGCUUUAAUUUUAAUUUGAUAGAUAUAAAACAAACAUUUUUAUAUAUUCCUGUUAAAGCUUAUUUCCUGUUCUGAAAACCAAAACUAUGAAACGCCUUACAUUUGUAAUUAUUCCUUAAUUAAAGGCCAAAUUUAAAUUUGUAGCAGUAAUAUUUUUACUUCAGAUUUUAACAAAACGAUAUUUUGUAGUAGUAUUUAUACAUUAGUAUUUUGUAGUUUAAUUUCAAGUAGCAAUUAUGUACUGAAUUGUCUGAUCAGAAAUGUGAGCGUUGACAAGUUUAUCUGUCAUGCUAUAAAAACUGUCCGGAUGGCCAUUCCUUAUUGCUCUUUUAAUAUUAGUUUUGUUCUUUUCUAAGAAGUUACAUUUAGAAAUAAAGAUGCAGCUACUAAGUUCAUCUAAAUACCUGCUAUAUAUGCAUAGAUUUAUUAGUUAUUUAAAAAAUAAUUUCAGAACUUGUAAUUUACUUUGAAGCCCAUAGUUAGGAUUUUUGUGCACCCAUAGCUACUGAAUAUGUAAUAUAUUUGGUCUGGGUGCACUAUAAUGAAAAACUAAUCAUCUGUGUUACUCUACAAUAGUUUUUCUCGGCACCAGCUCCCCCCAAAAAAUUAAAAAUGUUUUUGGGUAUCUUAAUUAGUGGCCUGUCAGAGGUAGAGUUGGGAAAUACUGUUUUUCAACAUUUAGUAUAUUUCAGUUGCUGCUUCAUCACAUCUGAGCAGGUAGAGUGUUAACCUACUUUGGCCAGGCCUCCUCCGGGUUUUAUUGAGAGAGAAUAAUUAUAAAUACAUAGAUCAAUUCCAAUGCCAUUACAUAUUUAGGCCCCUAUUUAAGAAAGUCUGGCGGACCUGAUCCGACAGUGCGGAUCAGGUCCGCCAGACCUCGCUGAAUAUGGCGAGCAAUACGCUCGCCGUAUUCAGCAUUGCACCAGCAGCUCACAAGAGCUGCUGGUGCAACACCGACCCCUGCAGACUCGCGGCCAAUGGGCCGCCAGCAGGGAAGUGUCAAUCAACCCGAUCGUACUCGAUCGGGUUGAUUUCCGGCGAUGUCUGUCUGCCUGCUCAGAGCAGGCGGACAGGUUAUGGAGCAGCGGUCUUUGUGACCGCUGCUUCAUAACUGCUGUUUCUGGCGAGCCUGCAGGCUCAUCAGAAACACGGAGCCUCAAGCUCCAUUCGGAGCUUGAUAGAUAGGCCCCUUUAGAGUUUACUUACACAUAAACCCUGUACUCUAUAACACAAGGAAGACACUACAACAAUUGUAAAUACUUGAUAAGAAAAUGAGCAGUAACCUUCUGUGCUUGCAAAGUCCAAUGUAUUGUCAUUAUUAUAUUGCUCUGUUUUGACAAGACUGGAUUUUUUUAUCACUUAUUGAAUGUUUUUGUAUCAAGUCUUGUGUAUCUCAUAAAAUAGAAUAACUCAUUCCACUGUGUAUCUAAUGGUUUUAUGUGUGACCGCUUACAUUACCCCCUUCUAAGUUCCUUUUCAUCAUAACAUACAAAAAUAAAUCUUAAAGGGACAGUAAAGUCAAAAUUAAACUUAAAGGAUUACUUUCUGUUAUAAUUUUUAAGCUAAACAACUAACAUAUUAAAGUUAAUAAACAUUAAUUAAAACCUACUGACCUAUAUUUUCUCCAAAACGAAGUUUCAUAACGUUCUAAAAAUUAUAUCUUUUAUUCGCCGAUGAUGUCACGUUAUCCUGCCCACUAUUUUCAGCACUGCAUGUUCAAAAUACUUAAACCAAUGAAAUUGUGUUUAAAGCGCCAUUUUGAAACCUAGGUAUUGUAAACGGAUUGGUACAGAUCAAAGGAUACCCACGGAGUGGGUUUGAAAACAAUUAAAUUUGCAGACAAGAUUUCUGAUAUACGGUAGAGAUAUGUUAAUGAAAUGCUAUUGAUAAAAAGAGUAUUUGGGGUAGUUAGUUAGUAACAGGCAUAUAAAAUAUUUACUUACAGUGGCCCUUUAAAUGAAUUGGAUACAGCUUUACAUUUUAAACAACUUCUAUUCUCAAUCUUGCUUGGUCCUCUUGGUAUCCUUUUGUUAAAGAGUAAAUCUAAGGGAGCUCAGGCACCUGUAGGUGUCUUUAGCUAUCUGGCAACAGUGUUUGCAACAAUGAUUGUAGCAAUGUUAUAUGUAGCUGAAAACACUGUUGCCAUAUAAUGCUAAUGGUUAGUUUUCAUCAAAGGAUACCAUGAGAUGGAAGCAAAUUUGAUAAUGAGUAAAUUGGAAAUUUGUUUAAAAUUCCUUGCUCUAUCUGAAACAUGGUUUAAUUUUUACUUUAAUUUUCAUGUCGUACUGCUGGAAAUAAAAGACCCAUAACCAGCCACUCCAUGCCUUCUGUCUCCAUUAAGUUUUACAAUUUAAGUUCUUCAAUGCAAGGUGGUUCUCCUCCUUAUAUUUGUUUUGUGCAUUCUGUUUAUAAAUCUAUAUUUUUACUGUGAAUUAGAGUUGUUGUGUACCCUACUUAUGUACCUAGCACAACAGAAUUUGGUGGUGCUUUAUAAAUAAAUGUAUCAUUUUCCUCCUU